UACGGGUCAGUGUACAGAUGCAGGUUAAAGGGGCACGGAAUGGAGGAGGAGAUGGCAGUGAAGGUCUUCGACCUCGAGAUGCCAGGCGCGGAGAGGAGCUUCUUGGCCGAGUGCGAAGCGCUGAGGAGCAUCCAGCAUCGCAACCUUCUCCCCAUCAGAACCGCGUGCUCGGCGGUCGACAACAGGGGCGGCAUGUUCAAGGCCUUGCUCUACGAGUUCAUGCCUAACGGGAGCCUCGACACGUGGUUGCACCCUAGAGCGGCGCCGGCGGCGGGCGAGAAAGCUCCGAAGCGUCUAGGGUUCUCUCAGAGAGUGAACAUCAUCGUCAACGUAGCCGAUGUGCUGGACUAUUUGCACCACGAGUGCGGGAGGCCGACUGUUCACUGCGACCUGAAGCCCAGCAACAUCCUCCUGGACGACGACCUGAACGCCCUUCUGGGAGAUUUCGGCAUCGCGAGGUUUUACGCUGACUCCAAGUCAGCACCGUCGCCGGCGGUAGACCCAACUAGUUCCGUCGGUGUGAGAGGGACUAUUAGCCCUUUCUUCCUCACUCUCUCACUCCCACUCUCACUCUUACCGCCCCGCCGCCCCGUCGCCGUCCGCGCCCCUCGCCGUCCGGCCGCGCUCCUCGCCGUCCGGUCGCGCCGCCGCCGCCCUCGACGCGCCCCCCGCCCGGCCGCCCUCGACGCGCCCCACCCGGCCGCCCUCACCGCGCCGCCGCCCCCUGCUGCGCUCGCGCCCCUCGCCCCUCGCCACUCGCCCCUCGCCGCGCCCGCGCCUGCGCCCCUCGACGCGCCCCUCGCCGCGCCCGCCUGCCCGCCGUAUGCCGCGCCCGUGCCCCCACCGCGCCCUUGCCCGUCCGUCGUCAUGCCCUCCACGCCGCCGUGCCUCGACCGCCGCGACUCGUCGUGUCGCCCGCGACCCCACGCCCCGUCGUCUAGUCCGCGACCCGCCGUCUCGACCGCGAUCAAACCUCGAAGGUGGUUUAUAUGA